AUGGGGACAAAUUCCAGCUUACCAACAUCGGUACUUUCAAUAAAGUUUUUCAACGAAAAUGAAAACAUUUAUGAAGUCGAACGCGAUCUCAAGGGAAUUGUUCGUUUGUUAGAUGAUAUUCAUCCAAUUGAUGACGUAAUCAUUCAGUUUAUUGGUGAAUUAGUUUAUACAACUUAUGCAAGAAAAGGUAGAUCGACGAUUACAACAGAUAAUCAAGUUCCUUUCUUUCUGAAAACGAUUCAAUACCAACCAAGUGAAAAACACGAGAAAAAUCAAUAUGAAUUUUCUUUUUAUCUAAAUUCAUACCUCCCACCAUCAUUUGAACAAUUGCAUUCUCAAGGUCCAUUUAUUCAUUAUUUUAUUCGCAUUCGAUCUUUAAAUCAUCACUUUAAAGAAGAUUUUCCAAUUAUUAUCCGACGCUCACCACAAAAUCUCGUUGGAAGUGUUCGACACAUCAAGAAUCAACCUUUCGAUAGUAUUCAAUUCAAUGUUCAUCUUGAAAACAAUUUGGCACUCAUGGGACAAAAUCUACCAUUUCAAAUCGAUUUACACAAUCCAACUCGUCGAACAAUUGAUCGUAUAUCAUGUAAAUUUGUACAAAUCAGAAAAUUAGGUCCUGCGAAAGAAGAACGAAAAGUUUUAUUCAAGGAAAAUCUAAUUCAUUUCGAUAAAUUUAAAGAUGAAGAUUAUCACGGUAAAUUUCAAGUUACAAUUCCAUUCGGAGUAAAUCCAACAUGCACAUUUCAUCUUCCAAAUCAAUGGUUCAUUUUCGUUUAUUACGAAAUUAUAAUCAAAAUUCAUCAACGUGGGUUCUCAAAAAGUUCUUCUUUAACAGUUCCUGUCUUAAUUGAUUAUCAAUCAAAUGUUAAAUCUGAUUUAAAUUCUACACAUAUUGACCAGUCUCAAUCCGUGUCAUAA